AUGUCUGUGGCUCCAACAACCAACUCUGCGCCGCCCCCGGCGCGAAAAGUCAAGUUCGUGGCGUCGGAUCCGAGCCGUGGAGGAUUGCCCGUCAAGCGCAAGCAAGUCCAGCAGGCCUGUGCAGCAUGUCGACGUAAGAAGGUUGGUCUUUUGGGUCCGGCUCUGACGACUUUGACCGCUGAGCCUUGGCUGACCACUCUCUCUCUGCCGUCGACGAUGGCGUCGGUCGCCACACCACGCACGAGAACGGCAGCCAUGACCCAAGUCAACGGCAUCGCAACUCCGUCACGUACUGCUCGUGCGCUCUCUUUGCAUACUAUCCAGCCUCCGUACCAGAACAAUCAUGUCUCUGUCACUACGCCGUCGCAAACUCAUGACCUCGACCAGCGAUCAUCCCGUUUUGUCGGUGACCUCAACCCUGAGGGCAUGUUUCUGGAAGCCACCGCGUCCACCUCCGCCAGGGCCUCGUCUCAAAAAGGAGACGUGGGUAUCUGGCUAUCGUCUGGUGCCUUUGGUGGCACCGGGCAAUCCUCUCAGUUCAUCACUUCUCGCCCCCCUCCGUUGAUGGAUCGCUUCCUGCUGCCCUUUGUUCGGGAGCAUUGCCUGUCCUGCCUCCCACCGCCCGAGGAUUUCGCACAAUUAAAAAACGUCUAUAUCCAGAAGAUCCAUCCCAUAUUCCCGGUCAUUCCCAUCGCAGACAUCGACAACAAUGUCGACCACCCAUGCAAUAUAGUACUCCGCCAGCUUGUUUGCCUCGCUGCCGCUGCCGAUCCCGAAGUCACCGAGCAUUACCGGUUACAGAAUCGCGAGCCCGGCCUGCUGUCGCCUCAGGACUUUUCUCAGUCCUUGUCCUCGUCUGUGCGCGCCAUACUGGAGACAAGUCUCAUUACAGAUCGAGUCUUGCAUAUCCAGGCUUUGAUCAUGCUCUCCCUGUAUACGCAGCCAACCUGUGCCGAGGAGUCGGACCUGCCUGCACAACUGGGCGGCCGUGCCAUUCACCAUAUACAAACGCUCGGCCUACACUUGCUCAGAUACGACGCGCCGAAUUGUGCCGAUCUCGAGAACCUGUUCUGCUGUGUAUGGGCCGUGGACCGCAUCAAUGCCGCCGAGUAUGGCAGACCGUGCCUGAUUCAUGAGCGUGACAUUGGCGCCGACUUGGAAGCUUGCAUCAGAAAACGACCACCUUGUUUCCGGCUGUUUUUAUUAGUCGUCCAGUGGCUCGACCAAGUCAUUGAACUGUAUCGUCCAGGACCCAGUGCAGAAGCGUCAGGGCUCGAAAAAAUUGCUUAUAUUGAUCUCCCCGUGCUGGAGGCAAUGAUUGUCGAUGCGGACGCACUGAAGGUGCCGUCCUUCCUCAUCGCCACCAUUGAGACAUUCUACCACGCCGUCAUAAUUUUGUCGUGCAGACUACCUCGCCCCGGAACAGUGCCCGCCGCCUCGACACUCCCGCCGCCGUCUGCGAACGCGCGGCGGUCCCUCGCAGCUGAGCGCAUCGCCUGCGCCGUACCUCGAGAUCACCUGAGCCCCAUGCCCUUCAUCCCCUACGCAGUGUCACUAGCUCUGAGCGUGGAGUACAGGAAGAUGAGACACAGUCGGCUUCCCAUGUUCCGAGCCCGGGCCAUGAGCUCAUUCAGGCGGAACUGCGAAAUGUUGCGAAACUACGGGGACCAUUUCUGGAGCGCAAACGUGGUUGCCGGCCUGGGCGAACGAGUCUUGAGGGAGAUGGAGCGUGCUGCCACGAGCUUGACAACAAAAGAGGCCAGCCCUGCACCGCCAGAUGUCAGGUCCAGGUCGGCAUCGGCCGGUGUGCAGCCCCAAAGCAUGAGGCAGACGGACGUGCUACCCUGUAAUGCAUCCGGUAUCACAUCCGCUGCCGGCAUGGACAACGCCGUCGACUUUUCACUGAUUGACGCCAUCUCGGGCCAGGACGUCUUUGGGCACAUUGACCCCAGUUUCAACUUGGAUGCCGUGGAAGAUGUUUUGGAGGCAAAUCUCGACAUUGGCUUGCCACUUAAUUGGAGCGACUGGGGUCAGUUUGCAUCUAAUUAA